AUGGUGGAGAAUAAUCUAUUCGAGGAUAUUUUUAGAGUAGAAAAAUUAAACCCCGAUGACAAAAAAUUAUUCGAAAGAGUUACUCGCAUUGAAGCAAGAAGUGAAAAGUUUGACAUGUUUAUGCACCUUGAUAUCAAUUCUGAGAUAUACCCACUAAAGGUCGGUCAGAAGUUCACCCUUGUACUUGUUUCAUCACUUAAUCCUGAUGGAACACCAGACACUGGCUAUUAUACUCAAAUCAAUCGACAAUCGCUGGCCAAUAAUUUUGAAUAUGUCAUGUAUGGGAAGCUUUACAGGAUAACAGAAGGUUCUGGGCGUGAAAAGGCGGAGCUGAAUAUUUCAUUUGGUGGGCUUCUGAUGCUGCUGAAGGGAGAUACCUCUCAUUGCAACAAGUUUGAGCUUGAUCAGAGGUUGUAUCUUCUGAUAAGGAAAGUCUAA